UUUUUAAACAUUUCUUCUUUACCCAGAUAAUGCUCAUAGCUCUCUUUCUCUCUCUCUGUUGAACAUUUUAGAUUUUCCCCGAAAGAGAUUUUAGAUUGAAGAAGAGAAAAUCACUCCUCUACGCACACAGAAGAAAGAAAGGGAAAAACCCCAGGAAGGGGGAGGUUCAUAUCUUUUAUUUGAUUCAGAGCAAAGGGUUAGUUGUGGGGAAAUUGUUUGUUUUUGUUCACGUAUGUAAUGCAUCAGAAGAAAUCGGAAGUUCAGAUCGGAAAAGAAAGCAGCGGCGUCUCUUCCGAUUUUAAUCCCAAACCUUCCACUGUUCAUCAUCAUCAUCAUCACCUGCCAUAUCACCAGCAACAACAUUUCCAUUAUCAUCAUCGUUUGCAACAGCAAUCCGACACAACAGCGGCGGCCGGGACGGCGGCGACGACGGCAAUAACAGCGGCGACGAAGACGUCGCCGAUUGCUGUUUUCCCUCAAAUAAUUAACCAGAACCCUCCGGAAAAUGACACGAUUGCCCCACCUCCUUCGUCGUCGUCUUCCUCUUCUCCGACCCCUUACAAGAGACCCCUUUUGACCCAAACGCGUUCUCUCACGAAAUCCCCAACUUUGUACCGUUUUACGGCGCCCCCACAUUUCAAUUCCAACAAUACCCCUUCAUUUUUCUCCUUUCCGGUUGCUGCUAAAGCCUCCGUCUAUCGAAUUCUCCGUCGUUUCAAGCACCUUCGUCGUUUACGGGUUCACCUACGCUUAAUCCUCCUUUUAUCUCUCCCUUUCUUUUACUUCUUAGUCUCACAUCCAAGCCACUCCUUUUUCCUUGACUUCCUCUCCGCUUUUGCUUUCUCCGCUGCCCUUCUUUUUUCCCUUAACCUCGCCCUCCCUCGCCUCCCUUCUAUUCGCUUGUUCUUAGCCCGUUCUUUUCCGAUUAAGCUCAAGUCAUCAUCUUCUUUAUCAAGGUCGCAUUUACCAGUGUUUUGGUCAAUUGGGUCUCGGCCAAAAUCCGAGAAGAGAGCGAAUUCAGGGUGUUGGGUUCAAGUUUAUAGCAACGGAGACGUUUAUGAAGGGGAAUUUCAUAAGGGGAAGUGUGCAGGUAGCGGCGUUUAUUACUAUUAUUUGAGUGGACGGUACGAGGGGGAUUGGGUGGAUGGGAAGUAUGACGGCUAUGGGGUGGAAACGUGGGCAAGAGGAAGCCGGUAUCGCGGGCAGUAUAGGCAGGGUCUUAGGCAUGGAUUUGGGGUUUAUAGGUUCUAUACAGGGGAUGUUUAUGCAGGAGAGUGGUCUAAUGGGCAGAGUCAUGGGUGUGGAGUUCAUACCUGUGAGGAUGGAAGUCGGUAUGUUGGGGAAUUCAAAUGGGGAGUCAAGCAUGGACUUGGACAUUACCAUUUCAGGAAUGGAGACACAUAUGCAGGGGAAUAUUUUGCGGACAAGAUGCAUGGAUUUGGUGUCUAUUGCUUUGCAAAUGGCCAUCGGUAUGAGGGUGCUUGGCAUGAGGGUAGAAGACAAGGGCUUGGAAUGUAUACGUUUAGAAAUGGGGAAACGCAAUCUGGUCAUUGGCAAAAUGGAAUUCUUGAUGUCCCAAGCACACAGAACGCUACAUAUCCUGUAUCUCCUGUAGCUGUUUAUCAUUCUAAAGUACUUAAUGCGGUGCAGGAGGCUCGACGGGCAGCGGAGAAAGCUUAUGAUGUAGCCAAGGUAGAUGAGAGAGUGAACAAGGCAGUUGCUGCAGCUAAUAGAGCAGCCAAUGCAGCUAGAGUAAUAGCAGUUAAAGCAGUUCAAAAGCAAAUGCAUCAUAAUAACAACGACAACAAUCCCAUUUCCAUUGUGUGAGACUUCUGACAAACGGCUCAUUUACCUUUGAAAAUACAUGAGAUAGCAGCAAGAGGAUGAUGGCUUAUGUGACUUUUCUUUUCAAAUAGCUUUGUGUUUUAUACUGUCAUCUUCUCACAGUCCUCGUUCUUUCAUCAAGAGGCUGUAAUUCAACAUGCCUAUGCAUUGCAUGCCUGGCAUGGAGGAAGAUGGCUGAAGGGUAUUCAAUCUUUUUUAACAUCAAAAUCACGUAUACAUGCUGGGAAGAAAUUCCUAGAAUAGAGGGGGUGGAGAAAAGAGAUAGAUUUGGUGAUGGUGGUGGCGCCAUUUUUCUAGUUAACUUUAGCUUUCCCGUCUUGGUACAGUUUUGUAAAGAUGAGUUAGAGGUAAUAUAAGUGCUGGUGGGCAGGUGAAACCCCCCAUCCAGCCAAUGUUGUAUGUGAACUUAAUUGGUUUCUAAGAUGAAAAGAAAAUCAUGCAUGUCUAAGUUGUUUCCUCA